AUGAGAGAUGCGCGAGACGACGACAGAGGUUCAAAAGCAAAAAUUGGUGGCUACAGUUUUAAUGUAAGAACAUCCGAGUUGGUGGCUGUUCUAAGAAGCAUAGGAGAUAAGGUACGGUGGCCAAAAGAAAUGAGAUCGAACCCAAACAGGAGCAAUCCCGAAUUUCGGUGCGAGUUUCACAAUGAUCAUGGUCACAAAACGGCGGAUUGCAGAUUACUACAAGGUGAAGUUAAACAUCUAUUAAAGCAAGGGCACUUAACAGAAUUGUUUAUUGAAAAGGGAAAGCAGGCAUAUAUGAAGAAUAGGCAAGAACCGCCGAAACCUCCAUCACCAAAAAGAACGGCUAACGUCAUAAGUGGAGGGGAGGAGAUCAAUGGCGUAACAUACACGGCAGCAAAGAAGGUGUCAAAAAUCACAGUCACCCACGGGAAGCGAGUUCGUCAAGUUUUGGAAGAAGACAGUAUAACAUUUGAUGAUCCAGAUGCAGAUGGCGUGCUGACCCCACACAAUGAUGCGCUGUGUUAA